AUGGCUUUCACUCCUCUUACGUCCAAACAAGUUUUGGAGUUCUUGCCUUUGAACACAUGGACCGAGGUUCAUUUGAUUCAAAGUGGUUUGAAAAAUGUGUACGUAGUGACAACAAAGAAAAAUAUGGAAAAGCGAAAAAAGGACAUGGAAUCAAUUUCAUUAGAGAGUAGCUUAUUUGAUAAAGUUACACAAUUUGAAAUAUGUAAAAUAGUUGCUGUUGAAAUUGAAGUGUCUACUUUUAUAAAUUAUGUUCUGUGUUUAUUAAGGUUCAGAGGUAAACUAAUUAGUUUCAAUGAAUUUGUAACUGACAAUACCCUAAUUGAAUUAAUUGAUUAUGGCUCUGUUUAUGAAACUAAAUUAGAAAAUCUGUUUGUUCUUCCAUAUUAUUUUAUGUAUGAACCAUUAGCUUUAUCAGUCACAUUCAAAGAUUUUAUACCGAAGAAAACAACAUUUUCAAUAAAACCCCUUCUGUCAGAGAGUAAUCUAUAUGAAGGAGCUGUUCUUGUUGAUAUUAAAUGUAAUGAUAUAAAGUUGGAAAAUUGUGUUAAUGGAAACCAGUUAUUAGAAUCAAGAAAAGACCUUAACUCUACCAAAGAUUCAAACAUUAUAAGUGUAAAAUAUAAUAUGACCAUCGGCCAUGAUAUUAAUGAAUCAAGCUUACAUUUAUCUAGAACUUUCAGAAAAGGUAGCUUCCUUAGCGAAGAAAAACUGAACAAUGUGCCAUUAAAAAAUGAGGAUAUUUGCAUUUUGACUUAUUUUAAAGAUUUUACUUGUUUGUAUGUUGGAAAAGCUAUAAAAUGUGGCAAUAAUGGCGGUUACGAUUUUGUUGAUUACGAUACCGUAUUAAACACAACUAUGGAUACAGUAUAA